AAGCCACAAGUCAUCUCCCUGUCUUCUCGAGGACGCUUGAACCACUCAGGGGAUAUGCCUGUCCGGGCCCAUUGGCAUUUCCCAUCGAUGAGCUUGCUGAUGCCUUUCUGGAAGUUAAGUAGCCAAGCGUCAUCUUCGGCCACCGGGUGCUCUUGGUCGUAAUUGGCGACCCAAUCUUGUGCAUUGAGCCCUGGAGCUGGUCGUGCCUUUUUGUUCGAUCGAGAUGACACUUCGGAUUCCAGGCGAGCUCUCUUUCGGAGGACCUUUUGAACAACAGGUUCAUCGUCAUCGCUAUCGUCAUCGCCGCCUUCGUCUUCCUCCUCUUCGACCUCAACGUCAAUAUCGACGGAGAUGUACUCAUCGAGGCCCUCAAAGCUGUCCUCCUCCUCCUCCUCAUCAUCAUCCCCCUCCUCAUCAUCAUCAUCAUCCUCCUCAUGGGACUCGCUCUGGGUUCUCUUGGCAUCUUCGUCCUCAUCGCUCUCGGUCUCGGCACCCUCGUCAUCCCCGUCCGAAUCCACAGAUUCCUCUUCCUCUGGGACGAACUAUAGAGAACUGUUAUUAAAUGACUGAUUUGAUCUACAAAUUGCAAACUGAAACCUUACAUUGUCCAGAUAAUUCCCUCCCUCGGUUGAUGGCCCAGCUUCACUCUCAAGGGAGUAUGUGACUCUCGCCUUCCCACUCAACCGUGAUGAGCGGCGAGUGACCGAUGGUGUCUCUGGCUCGGGCAAAGGCGAGGCAGGGACUAGUGGUAGUCAGGUUCAUGAUUCAUCUUUACUGGGAGAUCGCAAAGAAGACUUACACGACGGGCCAGUAAAGGGGGUUGGGAGCUGCGACCCUGUAGACUGUCUGGCUGGAGUCACAUCAGAUGCCAGGGUGCCAGUGGCCUUACCCUUUCCCUUGGCAGCAGCGUUGUUCUUGGAUCCGCACAUCUUUGAAGGUGAAUGGAUCGUUCUUGGUUAUGUAAAAUUAAGACGUUUCAAUUUGGAAGUGCAAAGGGCUGCGUCGAGAGUUGAUACUUGCAAUUGUAAACGUCGUUGUUGAAGGAAGAUCUACGCAGACUUCAUGUGGACUUCACUUGGACACUUGAGAAGGGCUAUGCCUGGGAAGGAGCCAUUUGGGAAGACGUAGCGGAGGUAACUGGGAAGGAACCAGUCUGGGAAGACUUCGUGGAGGUAACUGGGAAGGAGCCAAUCUGGGAAGGAGCCAGCUUGGGAAGGGGCCAGCUUGGGAAGGGGCCAGCUUGGGAAGGGGCCAGCCAGCCUUGUAGGAGCCAGCGAACACAUGGUAAAAGUACUACAAAUGGAACGAAUGAAUUAGUUACUGAGUAGUUGUUAUCCUAUCAGUUGCAUUAGCGCGGCGAAAAGUGGUAUUAUUUGGUUGAUUUUGGACGGCUUCUUUAUUACAUGCAU